CACAUGCAACGUGUGCGUGUCUGGUUCAGCGCUGAUCAGUUUUGUUAUUAAAAAAUUGAUCAUCUCGACCAGGAAAAAAUAUAAACAAUGGCAAGUACGAAGACUGACAAUCCUGAAAAACCAGGGCAGGAAGUAACUCCUAUUCACAGAAUUAGGAUUACACUUACCUCACGGAAUGUCCGUGCUCUUGAGAAAGUUUGUUCUGAACUGAUCAAUGGGGCAAACAAACAGAAACUAAAAGUUAAAGGGCCAGUUCGUAUGCCCACAAAAAUUCUGAGGAUAACUACACGUAAAACACCUUGUGGUGAGGGUUCAAAAACCUGGGAUCGUUUCCAGAUGCGUAUCCACAAGAGAGUUAUUGACUUGUAUUCCCCAUCUGAAAUUGUAAAACAAAUUACAAGCAUUUCUAUUGAACCUGGUGUUGAAGUGGAAGUUACAAUCGCUAAUGAAUAAGACAUUUUGAAUAAAACUAUGUAAAGUUUUAAUAAAAAUGUAAAAAUA